UUGAGUGCAAAAAUAGAGAUUUUAGUCGUUGCCUCCGCCAAAUCCAUCGCACACUUAGAGGUUGAGGUUCCUUUGUGACUUAUUCUCCACUCAUUUUUCGAUAUUCCAUGCAUCUCACCGUAACUCUACUCCUACUGUUAUGAAUCCAUGACCUAGACUUCCCAACCACUCCUACACCCUUGUUUCCUUUCUUUUGCUCUAACAAUGAGGCUCAAGCUCAGCCUCUCUCUUUCAUCAUACUAAUUAAGGCAAUUGCAAACUCGAGGACAUGCCUAGUCCAUUGCUAUCAUUAUCAUUAGUGCUGCUAUUCUUGAUUUCAUGUGGAAAUAUUCAUGAAUGUGAAGCUCAAGAUACCGAGGCUUUGCCUCCAGCAGCAGAAACUUGUAACGGGGUUUUCAUUUCCUAUGACUUUCUCACUCGAAGAAAAGAAUUCCCUCGCGUGAAGAAUGCCACGGCACAGUCUUGGGCCUUCAAUUCCACCGCAACAGUUCUCAACACCGGCAAAGACGUGGUUAAGGCGUGGAGGCUGUUCAUAGGUUUUCAACAUGACGAGAUUCUAAUCUCUGCCAGCGGAGGUAAUCUAAUCGAUGGAACUGACUUCCCUGCUCUGGUAGGAAAUGGCACUACCUUUGUUGGAUCUUCUGUGCCAGAUUUGGAUAGCUCCAUCAACACAGCUCAAGAUUUAACCCAAAUUUCAGCCAUGAUCCAGCUUAUUGGCACCCAGUUUGGAGUAAGGCCUCCUACUAUUCCUAUGCCCAAAACCAUCAAGUUGGUAAAUGAUGGUUACAAGUGCCCCCUACCAACUACCCGUAAGGGUUCCAUGUAUGCGUGUUGUAAAAAAGACCCUAAAUUCAAGGCUGUACUACGGAAGACAAAAUUCUUGCCACGGCAACAAGGGGAUCUUACCAUAUCCUAUGACGUGAAUCAAGUGUAUGAGAAUAAUUAUAUGGUAGAGGUGACCAUGGAGAACAAUCACCUUUUGGGACGGCUGGAUCAUUGGAACUUGACUUGGGAGUGGACAAGAGGGGAGUUUAUAUACAGUAUGAAAGGUGCUUUCACACGUGUGAUAGAAUAUUCAGGUUGCAUCUAUGGAGCUGCAGGACAGUAUUACAAGGACAUGGAUUUUUCUAAAGUCGUUAACUGUCAAAAGAAUCCAAUAAUCAGUGACUUGCCUCCAGAGAAAGCUAAUGACACUGAAAUUGGAAAGAUACCUCACUGUUGCAAAAACGGAACUCUUCUACCUAUCCUUAUGGAUCCAAGCAAAUCCAAGUCUGUUUUCCAAAUGCAAGUGUUCAAAGUUCCACCUGAUCUAAACAAAACAGCAAUUUUCCCUCCAGAGAAAUGGAAAAUAACGGGCAUUCUCAACCCGGAAUACAGAUGUGGGGCACCUAUUAGAGUGGAUCCUGCACAAUCUCAAGAUCCCAGGGGACUUGAAGCAACGGUUAUUGCCAUUUCAAGUUGGCAAAUAGUCUGCAAUAUCACUAAGCCAACCAAGAGGAGCACUCGCUGCUGUGUUUCUUUCUCUGCUUAUUACAAUGAGUCCAUAGUACCUUGCAACACAUGUGCCUGUGGUUGUGAUGAAAAUAACAGAAGAUGUAAUCCGAAUUCACCAGCAAUGCUUCUCCCUCCAGAAGCUCUUCUUGUACCCUUUGAGAAUAGGACAAAAAAGACAGUUGCUUGGGCCAAACUAAAGCAUUUUAAAGUCCCAACAAAAUUACCAUGUGCUGACAACUGUGGAGUUAGCAUAAACUGGCAUGUAGUUUCGGACUUCAAAGGUGGGUGGAGUGCCAGAAUCACUAUGUUCAAUUGGCAGCAUACGAAUUUUGAGAAUUGGUUCACUGCACUGCAAUUCAAGAAGAAGACUGCUCUUGGUUACGAAAAAGUUUAUUCUUUUAAUGGAACAUUCCUUCCGAAGCUCAAUCAUACUAUUUUCUUGCAAGGAACACAAGGAUCAAACUUUUUGUUAGCUUUAGACAAUGGAACAAACCCAAAGGUGCCCGGAAAAGCACAAUCUGUUCUUUCCUUUACUAAGAAGUUUGCACCAGGCAUGAAAAUUGCAAAAGGAGAUGGGUUCCCAUCAAGGGUCUUUUUUAAUGGUGAAGAGUGUUCUAUUCCUACCCGUUUCCCUGUGGGAAAUGGAAACCAACAUAAUGCAGAUUCAUUAAACCUACACCUACUAUUAGCUUUAGUCCUAGCUUUUACAAUGAGUAUAAUAUUGUAUUAAGAUAAUAAUGUUAAGAACUGUUCCAUUAGACAGGUUUAUGAAUCUAGCUUUGUUUUU